AGUCAAAAUCGCAACGGUACCCAGAGGUCCCCCCCGGCUCUGCGGCGUCCUCUCCCGAUUGAUUCGUGGUUUGGAGAACAGUGACCGCCAACUGGUACGGCCGUUUGGUUCAGCCUGCAAAGGAUGUCUGCAGUGCUAGUAUUGGUGCUCUGACACUGCUUUUUCGUUCGUCGCCUGUUCAGCGCAGAUUUGGUGGAUCUGCAGCUAAGAUAUGCUACUGGUAGUGGGUAUCUAAUUGACCUGCAGGUCAUAGGUGAUGGCUAGUUUGGUUAGUAAUCGGCCUCCAAUGCUAGUCGUGUUUGACUUUAUAAUUGGCCAUCAUAUGGUUCCAGCUCUAGCAGCAAAAGUGUCACGCUCCCUAAGCACUCCACCGUCUUGGCAUAGUUUUUUUUUUUGAAGAAAACUUGGCAUAGAUUCAAAUCCCACAACAAUGAGUGACUUGCAACCAUUGCUUUCAAAGAAAAAAAAAAGGAGUGACUUGCAGCCACUAAUUUGUUGGCCAUGAAAAUGCCAUGCAAACCACAAUUUGGGGGGAUAUAUAUGGCGUUGGCAUGACUGCACAUGAAUGUGCUUCAAGUUCAAAGGAAAAUAGUUUUGUGUUUCUUUUUUCUUUUCAAAAAUUUUGUGUUGAUACAUAUUUAUGUAAGUUUUAUUUGAUUUUCAGAAAAGCUGGGGGAGGCUCUAUCACACCACAUGUCCAAAAUUUUCUUUUGGAGAUUUGCACUGGAACUAAUGUAGACAGGCGCCAAAACUUUACUUAUACAACAACUAUUUUUAAAAGGAUCAUAUCUGAGGUUGAAUUAUCAUCGGAGACUGUGAUUGAUGGACUUUAUGAGGAGUUUGCUCAGCGUAUGUUGUCCAAAGCAAAAGAUUCAUUGUUAAAUAAGACAAACCAUAUCUAUAAAGAGAUAUCUUUUCUUUCCUCUACACAUGUAGAUGAUAAUGUUUCCUCAAGGUUAAUAAGUGUUGUUGGUCGACUAUCAUGUUCUUCUAGUAUGCUUGAAGGUGAUACAGGGUGCUCUCUUUGGCCAUCAAGUCUAUUCUUGUCAGAGUUUAUUCUUUCAUACCCUGAAAUUUUCUCCACAAAGUGUUGCUUUGAGCUAGGUUCUGGUGUUGGUUUGGUGGGUAUUUGUCUUAACUAUGUCGGUGCCUCUAAGGUUAUUCUUACUGAUGGUGAUACAUCUACACUCACAAACAUGAAGGAAAAUAUGGAAUUGAAUAACUUAUGCAUUGAACAGGAGGAUUCUGAAGUCUUAAAAGAAUGCAAGAAUAAGGUAGAGUGCAAAUAUCUUUCUUGGGAAGAUGUGUCUGAAAAUGAUUUAUGGGGCUACCAGCCAGACAUAGUUCUCGGGGCAGAUGUAAUGUACAAUCCAGUCUGCGUGCCGCACCUCGUUCGAGUACUCUCAAUGCUGUUAAGGCAAGACAGAAGACAAGGGGAAAACAAAGGAAAAUUUGGUGAUGAAUUUCAAACAGAGGGUCCCGUCACUUAUAUUGCCACAGUUGUUCGAAAUGCAGAGACUUUCAACUGCUUUGCCAAAGCAGCUGCUAACGCCAAGUUGUCUGCUAUAAACAUUUCCAGCAGUGCGGCUCCUUCAAAUCUUCUCCCCUAUAUGCUAUCAUAUGAUAGAUCAAGUGUGCAACUUCUUAAAAUUACUUCAUUGUCAUAGAAUUGAUAAGAAAAUUGUAUUUUCAUCAUCCCAACUCCAUUGUAAGGGAUCAAACAUGUCGUUUACAUUUCAAAUGCUUCCUCAGUGUUCGUUUCCAAGAGUCCAUACUGUCGAAGGAAAUGGAAUAGUGCAGUUGUUUU